CUCGCAGCCCCACGGCCCACGCAUCUCUCUCUCCCGGGGCGCCUCCCAACCUGGCCACCCCGCCGCCUCUGCCCCUUUCCACCCCGGCGACCCCGCUGCCCCAGCCAGCUCCGGCCGCCUCCGACCCCCACCGCCGGCCAGUGCUCGGCCGCUCGCCGUCCCGGCGCUCGGCAGCUCCCGCUCGCGUCGCGGAGCAGGGCGGCGCGCGGCCGCGGAGGCAGGGAGGGCGGCACGCGACCGCGGAGGCCGGGCGACGGCGGCAGCGCGCGGCCGCGGAGCGGAGGCAGGGCGACGCGCGGCCGCGGAGUUGCGCAGGCAGGGCGGUGGCGAGCUGCGCGGCAACACGCGGAGGCAGGGCAGCCGGCGGCGGCCAAGCAACGGCGACAGCAGCUUCCUCCAUGUCCACGGCAGCUCGGCAGCUCGGUUAGUUCGGUUAGUACCGGAACCGAACCGAACUAACCGAUACCGAAUUUGUGCGGCGCCGCCCCAGCCACGCCGGAAGAGGUCGCCGAGUGAGUACACUGUCCCCGUCGCCGUCGCCGUCGCCUCUAACCCGAACCCUAGGAGGCCGUCGGUGAAGAAGAGGGAGCAGCAGCAGCAGCAGCAGGAAGCUGCGAAGGAGGGGGAGAAGUGCCCUGCGAAACCAGACUUCCUGCCGCUGCCGCCGGUCAUGGCGAAGCUGGGCCCGGGGCAGGGGCUGGGGUGCGAGGCGGCGGAGGGGUCGCUCGUGCCCAGCCGGAAGCGGGAGUACAAGCCCUGCGGCAAGCACACUGAAGGGAAGCGCCCGCUCUACGCCAUCGGGUUCAACUUCAUGGAUGCGCGCUACUACGACGUCUUCGCCACCGUCGGCGGCAACCGCGUGACAACUUACCGCUGCCUUGAGAAUGGUAGUUUUGCUGUUCUACAAGCUUACGUUGAUGAGGAUAAGGAUGAGUCGUUCUACACUCUAAGUUGGGCUCGUGAUCAUGUUGAUGGCUCACCACUGCUUGUGGCAGCAGGAAGCAAUGGGAUCAUUCGGGUCAUCAAUUGUGCUACGGAGAAGUUAGCUAAGAGCUUUGUUGGCCAUGGUGACUCAAUAAAUGAGAUAAGAACUCAAGCAUUGAAGCCUUCGCUCAUCAUUUCUGCAAGCAAGGAUGAAUCUGUUAGGCUAUGGAAUGUCCAUACAGGGAUCUGCAUCUUGGUAUUUGCUGGAGCUGGAGGUCAUCGCAAUGAAGUCUUGAGUGUUGACUUCCACCCCAGUGAUAUUGAGCGUUUUGCAAGUUGUGGCAUGGAUAACACUGUGAAAAUCUGGUCAAUGAAAGAAUUUUGGCUGUAUGUUGACAAAUCAUAUUCUUGGACUGAUCUUCCAUCAAAGUUUCCAACAAAAUAUGUCCAAUUUCCGGUAUUGAUUGCUGCAGUACACUCUAACUAUGUUGAUUGUACAAGAUGGCUUGGUGACUUCAUCCUGUCGAAGAGUGUUGACAAUGAAAUUGUGCUUUGGGAACCAAAAACAAAAGAACAGAGCCCUGGCGAGGGAAGCAUUGAUAUUCUUCAGAAGUACCCUGUGCCAGAGUGUGACAUCUGGUUUAUCAAAUUUUCAUGCGAUUUUCACUUUAAUCAGUUGGCAAUAGGAAAUCGUGAAGGCAAAAUCUAUGUGUGGGAAGUGCAGUCCAGCCCUCCUGUCCUAACCGCCCGGCUAUAUAAUCAACAAUGCAAAUCUCCAAUAAGGCAGACUGCAGUGUCCUUUGAUGGAAGCACGAUCCUUGGAGCUGGUGAGGAUGGCACCAUCUGGAGAUGGGAUGAAGUGGAUCAUGCGAGCGCCAAAAACUGAAGCAAGUGCAGCUGCUCUGCCACUGGUGACAAUGCGGGACUAAUGAUGAACUUGUUCCGAAGUGGUUAGCAUUAUGGUCGUUCAAAACUGCAACCUGGUUGUUCUGAAGUCAGAAGAAUGGUUGUUAACUGAAUGUUGGCUCUGUUAUGCUUCGACUGUUGUAACUUGGGAUGAUUGCGCUGUUAUAUUGCGCCAUGGACAAGUUAAAUUUAAUCGUUGUUGCAACUUUGGAAACCA